AUGAAAUCUUCCAGCUCCUUUACCGCUCGCAGCUCUGCAUUAGCAGCUCUAUCCGUUUCACUUAUAGCCUGCAUGGUCCCUGUGCAAGCACUUGCUCCAGUCUCCUUGUCGUCAAAUUUACAAGUCCGGUCGACAAUCACCAAGCUCCACAACAUAUACGACGAUUGGCGAUCCGAUGCUGUAGUGGAUACCAUGUUCCUGGAUGAAGAUAAUGUCCGAAUGGUAUUGGAAGAAUUUAUCGACUCGGAUUAUGGAGCACAGAUGUUUGGUUGUCACGAACGGGCGGCAUCCAUUGGAGUGACGGGAUAUAUUGAAUUUGUCGAAUUGUGUGGCCCGGAAGUGACACUUUCCUUGUCGGGGCAGUUUUGGCACCGCCGCGAUACUGUACUGGGUAGAGCCGCCAUGUGGCUCAAUGCUCGAAUGCCGGAGAUUACUGACGUUGUGGUUGCAGAUCAGGACGAACUGAAGGACUUUGAAGAUGUCUUGGAUGAUUUUGGCGAAGUACUUUACCAGAAGGAUAAGCGGAGUCCAGAUUACAAUGGGGACAGGGAAGCAAUGGAAUACCAAGGACGGGACCCUGAUAUGCGCGGCCCAUUUCCUCAGGGACCAAUGGGCUCUGGAACAAUGAUAAACCCAGUGUAA